CAUUUCAGUCGCUUACAAGUCAGUUGCAUUAGAGGCGAGGCUAAAUAUCUCACAUCGGCGACGAGAUCUCCUCUCAUCAUGUUUUUUGGUCUUCUUUAUCCCCUUCUAUUUGAAGUCUCUGCUCUAAUUCCAGAUCCAGUCUUUUCACAAGGUUCGUUAGACGCGUUUACUAAUACGUAUCUCUUUUUGUUUUCAGUGUUAGAACAUUGAUGUUGGUAAUAUUCAGUUAUUCAUAGUAAUUUAACUCAAAAUUUGGAUAUAGUCAGAUGUUCCCUGAAUUCGAUCAGUCUUUGUUUUUUGUUAUAUUUUCACUUGGCUAGUGAUGGGCGUUGCCGGAAUUCUCUUAGGGAGCUUGUUUCAACAAUUUGCGUCAUAACUUAAAAUUCGGGACGCUGUUGAAUGGCACAAAGUUUGGUUAACUUCCUUUCACAUACAUCUGCUGUUGUAAAGUUGCAUAGCUCAAGUCAAUCUGUUGCCCUCCAACGUUCAGCUUUUCAACUUGGUCAAAUGCGACUAACACUCCAUCACUCUACAUCGACAAAUGUUUUUCAAGAGUAAGCUUAGUCAUUGAUUGAAAAAGCUUUUAUUCAGCUUCAAUUUAAAUUCUUAAGGUAGCCAAAAAAACGGCUACACUCCUUUAAACCUGGAUAAAAUUACGGUUUACUACAGGCUUUCGACCUUUCCAUGCUUUUGCUCAAAAUAAUUUAUCAAAGACUUCCAAAAUUGGGUUCGCAGAAACAUUCGAUUCCUAUGUCUGUCAGAUCAUUGAUUGAUGUUCUUCAUUUUUCCGAAGAAAAGUUUGAAAGCAGUUUGUUAUAGUUAGAUAAUUAAUACUGAGGAACACAAAUGAAUGAUAACAUUACAGCACCGAAGAGCUAGAAAUGUUUACAAUUUAAAGGUUUGUGACUUUAAUUGCAAAAUGUUAUUCUAAAAUGCUACCUCAGUGAAUAAAUAUGUUAAAGUCACUCAAAAUGCGUGUAUAUUUAUGGUAAAUGACACGGCAGAUGUUGAUAACUGAAAAGGUAAGACAAUACAACUUUAUGUUCGAGAGGUUCCCGGACAACUAUUGAAUAAGUUAAGAUCGAAAUGGCUUGUUGAAAUGGCUGCGAAAAAUCUAUCUGUGAUAUGAUCGUUUUAAGGGUUCAACGAAGCGAAAUUCUCUUUUUUUUACCAAACUUAAUUUUUCACAUGUUAUCCUUCUUUAUCUUGCAAAUUAUCGCCUGAAUUUACCCAAGUUGAUCUAGGGCCUCCUGGGCUGAGCACCAAACAGAGUUUGGCGACAACAGAGGAGGAAAAUUGUUAAUCAAAUUUGGCGGAGGUCAAGGGACCCAAGAUGUUAAGACAGCUUCAAGCUGUUGACAAAAUUUUUAUCUGUUUUGCUUCCAAUUGCCAAAAUUUAUGAUUUCUAAAAUCAAGAAAGGUACCAUAGUAACAGUGUCGCAAGAUUUCUCCAACCUUUCAGGUACUUGGAAUGGAUAGCUACUGAAUAAAAACGAGGGGGCUGACAAAAUUCACCUCCAAUUAGAACAAAAAAUUUAUGGGGAAGUUAAAAUUAUUUAUCAAAGGCUGUUUACCUUGGUCUUGUAUGAUCUAAAGGCACGUUUCGGCCUCUAAUCAAACGUCACAUAUUGUUAAUGCUCAGAAUGUUUUUAAAUAUCUUCAUAUUUUACUAGGGGGCUAAAUAUCGUGUAAAACACUUAAAAUAUCUCAUAGGUUUAAUCAGCUGAUAACCAUGACAACAAUUCUGGCAUAGAACUGAGCAUCGUCCCGAAAAUAAAGCGAGAGAAAAAAUGCACGGAUCAGCUUGAAUUAGCUCUCGAUACUUUAAAAUAUCUCUCGAUUUUAUAAACAUCCUAUGCUUUCCACCAUUCUCAGCUACCUCUUCGAUGCACUCGACAACAUCCUAAUACGGCAAGAGUACAAAUUUUGUCUUAGUCGUAGAGAGGCAGGGGUCACCCCGAAAUUAUUGAAAAGAGCUGCGAGGGAAGGGGAGGAGAUGAAUGAGAAGGAGGAAGGCUGAUACUGAUCGGCCUUGAAACCAUUCUUGAAAAGGUUUUUUCUUUUCUUAGGGUAUGCCUCAAACGUUGCAAAUUAAUGAAGCUGAUUAACUACUGACAAUAGUAAAAUGGUUUUUUAUCUCCCUACAUGGCGGAUUUCGCUAAAUGAGUGUUCCUAAGAUCUAGAGUCUCAUAGUUAUGAUAGACAUCAAUUAUUUUGAGUGGUAUGGGGGUGGGGGGGGGGGGUAGUGUUCUAUAGGCCACUUUAUCCAUUAUUGUAACCAGCAAGUCCCUUCCUCGCCACUCCCUCCUGUGAGUGGUGCCAUCAUGUCCAUGUCCUUUUAUUACUGAACUGUUCUUCUUUCCUGUUACAGAAUCAAACCCCGUGUAUCGCGAGGGCAACCUCGCCUCCUCCACAAGAACCUUCCUGAGACGUACAUUCAUUAAACACGAGUUUCAUCACUUGAAUGUGCCGCUUGUUGGAACAGUGGCAGUGUCUGAUGUGUUUGACUGCACGUUAGAAUGUCUCAGCAAUCCGUUCUGUUUUUCUGUGAACCUGGCCGCCUUCAAAGGAGCCCAUGGAAAGCUUUGGUGCGAAGUGUUGUCAUCUGAUAAGUUCAGAAACUCCACAGAGUAUAAAGGGAAUAAAAGUUCGCAUCAUUUCGCCAUUGAGGUAGGAAACAUUUCUUAAUUUUGACAAAUAAACGUGUUAAAAGUUUGACAGCCUUGUCAAGAUCGUAAAGAGAAGACAGUCAGGUUAAAGCCACUGCAAAUGGUGUCGGUCUGUUGUCGUAUUCAUUGUGGUGACAACCGUAUUUCUAUGGCAUGUUGUAAAGCAUGCAAACACUUUCUCGUGCCGCACACUAUCUUACUUACUUACCACCUUUGUUUCCCAGGCACGUCGGCAGACUAAGAAAAUACAUGUGAGUCAGUUGAAAAUUUGAGUCAAGAUACCAGAUUCUGUUUGUUUAAAGAAUGGAAUCGUUGUUUAAAUCGUCAGUAUUUGGUCAGCCUUUAGUCAAGAUACCAGAUUCUGUUUAUUUGAAGAAUGGAAUCGUUGUUUAAAUCGUCAGUAUUUGGUCAGCCUUUAGUCAAUUUUGUGUUUUAAAAUGUUUUAUCGAUAGACUUCUUCAUUUUCUGCAAACGUUCGAAACAGUUAGAAAAGCUUUCCUGACUUAUAGAUCCCAACGGCUUAGCAAUAUAUUUUAACCUCAUAAAGCCACUUUCUCAAAUACCGGAAAAGGCAGAAAACUAAUCCAAAAUCUUAAUACUGAUAAAAAUUAAAAAACACUGAUGCUAUCAGAUGAGGUAUGUCUAUACCAUAAAAAUUUAUAUUAAAACAAAUCCGGACCGGAUCGACGAAAUAGCGCGCCGCGAUAGGCGGAUUAAUGUACUCCCUAUUUACCGAACAUUUACAGAUUUACAGCUGCCUUUCAAAAUGAACCAUUUUCCUACUUUGUUUCUCUACAGUCACCUUGCUCUUCGUCACCUUGUCAACACGAGGCUACAUGUGUCACAAACUAUAGAGAUGGCUCAUUCAGAUGCCGCUGUACAGAAGGCUUCAAAGGAGAAUAUUGUGAAAAAGGUGAAUAGUUUAGUAUGGUGUUAAAUUCUAAAAUUCUCAAGUGACUGCGAUAAAUUGUUCUGCUUUACCUUGCAGCUCGAAGACUUAAAAAAUAGCUAGCGAAAAUAGAUAACUAAAAAAACAUUUAAUGCAAUGCAUAAAGAUGUUGAAUCUCUUGGUGCUCAAGUUGAUUAAUCAUCUGACUGCGAAAUCAAGAGGUCUGAGGUGGGGAACUAAAUAUUUAUUUUUAAUUUUUACCUCUCGUAAGGGAACAAUUAUCAUUCAUCAUUUACCACGAAGGAGUGGGGGGGGGAAGUGGAGAAUUUUAGAGGAUCGCAUGAUUUUCAGGGGGAAAGGAGGGGGAACAGUUGUCGCCGAAAAGAGUUUAAAAGGGGGGACUGUAGAAAUUGGCUGUCAAUUUUAAAACUGCUAACGAGUGGGGAUCGUAAGAAUUUUACAGAGCCUUAACUGAGGGGGGGGGGGAGCGAUCUGGUUAAUUUUAUCGUAACUCAACCAAAAUCCUCUGACCCCCUCCAUCGGUAGUAAAUUAUAACCGGUACCAAAGUGAUGUUUAUCAUCUCUUAUUGCUCAAAGAUUUUGUUCAUAGCUUGAUACAAGAAUGUACAACGACUCUACUUUUGUUUAUCCUACUGGACUGUGACAAAGCCUAAAUAUCUUAAACACCUGACUUUUGUUUUUUUCUCUUUAUAUUUAGUUAUUGGGUCCUGCAAAGAAGCUUACAACCUUCUCAAGUAAGUGAUACCAAAUUAUUACCCUACAGAGCAUAAAAAAGAUACAAAAUUAUCGAAUAGUUUCGACGUCGAGAGGAAAUUUUUUGCCGCAAACAAAUAUGAUCACGAAUGGAUUUCUUUUCGCGUCAAACAGGUCAAACGCUAGUCAACUGGUUCCACUGUACCUUGACUCUAAACCAAUCACAGUUCUCUGUCAGAUGGGGAAUUUUGGAUGUGGAGGUGGAGGAUGGACGCCUGUAAUGAAGAUUAACGGCAGCCAGGUAAGCCUCAUUUGGAGGAAUAUUCUUAGCGGGGUUCUUUUGCGGGUGAUGAAGCGCAAGAAAGACAUUUUCAGAAGCAUCGAAACUAUGAGAGAAUCUCUUAGCAACUCGUCCAUAUUCCUCUCGCGGUCCCGCUUACAGAAAUUCUUCUGGCAUAAGUACGACAAUACCCUAAUAUCUAAAAGCGCGACGAAUUGCUAAUUAACCCGCCUACAAGUAGGGUAUUUGCACUAACAGUAUUAUUGAUUUCAUGAAGGUCCUGCCUUUGAUGAUGCAUCGUGUUGUGUAUGUUUAAGGAUAAAUUAAAUCCUCUUAAUUCUUUUUAGGCAACGUUUCGCUAUGACUCUCACUACUGGAGUGAUAAAAACCAAUACAACACUCCCGGCGGGAGGACUGGGUUUGACUCACAAGAGACCAAGUUACCGACCUAUUGGAACACAUCUUUCUCCAAGAUCUGUCUCGGUAUGAAGAUAAGUGGACAGCUCAGGUUUAUUGUCAUUAACAAGCAGGCCAACUCUCUGCACUCACUGAUUGCUAAUGGGACAUACCGCGCUACUUCACUGGGUCGUAACGAGUGGAAGAAGUUGAUUGGUGCGCAAGGCUCUUUGCAACUGAACUGUAACAAGGAGGGCUUCAAUGCUGGAGGUGACAGAAAUGAUCAUUCUAGAGCAAGAAUUGGUUUUAUUGCUAACCAGGUAAACCAUUGCCACACUUGUGACUCCAGAAUUGGGUUUGGCACCGGAGGAUAUCCUGAUAACUCCACUACGUGUGGAAACGUAGCAGCAGUUCGCCCAGAUAAUGGUGACAGAUACAUAAAAGCUAUGGGAUACAUUUUGGUGCAGUAA